AACCAGCCAACAUCAAUAUACAUUUUUUAAAAUUCAAAUUAAAAGCCUUGAGUAAAUAGUUACAAUAUGUCCAUGUAUUUGUGGAAAAAAUGGCCCAUCAAGAAAACCAUUUCUUUGUGUCUUAUGUCAUCAUAAAAGAAAAAGUUGACAUGCUGAAAUAUGCUGGAUCCUCAAGCUUGAGUUCAUGUCUGGGACACUGUAAUAGACCAGAGUCACCUUAAUGUUAUUUGCAACACCUGCUUUUCUUAAUGACAUGUCAAAAUAUCUGGUGUCUCAUGUCUUAAACCCUCUUCAUGGUGUGUCUGGCAGGGCAGUAACCAGAAUACUGAGGUCAUCCAUUCAGAAAAAUUCUGACCAGGUCCAGUAGGUCAUCUGGAUCCGGUUACAACUGCAGUGGGAGAACUUGACAAACAGGUUGUGGAAACGCCUUUCAGCACGAAACCACCUGCAUACAUAAAAGGCACACCCGUCUUCCUUCAAAGCAGAAAGAACGAGAAGGGCACAAACACUCAGCAAGGGGGAAAAACACAAGAACCGUGCCCAACUACCAGCACAGCUCGCCUGAUUUACGAGACAGCCAAUCCCCGCCGCAGCAUCACAGACAAACAGCCGCUUCUCUUAAGCCGAUCAGCCCAGAAUUAAAGCAGGGCACUCACAGAGGAGAAAAACUGUCCGGUGCAUUUUAGAGAAAAAACUUCGGACCUUCGCUUUCACCACUGUUUCUGGACGGAAAAGAGACGCCAAAAAUGAUGAUGCAGCAGUCAGAAACACCCAAACAGAAGAACUCCCUCUUCAACGCCAUGAACCGAUUCAUCGGCGCGGUCAACAACAUGGACCAGACCAUCAUGGUGCCCAGUUUGCUGCGGGACGUCCCGCUGGAUGAGGACAGAGAGAUGAGCUCCCUGAAAUCAGACGAGGACGAGGGGGACAUGUACAGCUACUACCAGCUGCUCAAGUCCAUCCGUACCGACAUCGAGUGGGGGGUCAGGUGCGCAGCAGCCGACGAGAGGCGCAAGGAAAGCAUGAAGAUCACCCGGGUGAACUCGUCCGCAUCCAUCUCCUCCUCCGCAUCAUCAUCAUCCGAGGAGGAAGACGAGGAGGACGAGGAUUUGGAGAAGCAGUUCCAGUUUCACCUGACCGGGCUUCAAGGGGUGCUGGGCAAGCUCACACUGCAGGCCAACUCUCUUACCAAGCGCUACAAGCAGGAGAUUGGUAUCGGAGGAUGGGGCCAGUAAGCGUGGAGAACACAGAAACUGGAAGCAAAUUAUUUGGCUGGCUGAACUGAACUUUGAGUAUCCUCUAUUGCUGCUGCUGCUGUUACUACUGAUGAAAUUUACUGACGAACAUAUAUGGAUGGUAGAGAAAGGGGCAGCUUUAUUUCUGUCUAUAGGCCUACAUGGUGUCGGUCUACUCUGUGGUAUUAACUGUAUAUCUGUUGAUCCUGAAGAAAGCAUUCGUGUAUUUAACACCAAACUUCUAUGUUUUGCACUCUAAAGUGUUGUACACAUCAUGCAUUCAGUGACACACAGGUGAAACAUAUUUAAGCAUUUAUUUAAUGUAUAAUUUAUUACCUCACACUGUUUGUUUGAGAGCCUAAUGUUAUUUCAAAAGUUGGAGAAGAAGUGGACUGUAUGAACUACACGAUCCGUGGUUUGAACCGUCCCUCUGAUGGGGAAUACUGACAAAAGAUUUCGCUUUCUCUAUGUGAAGCUGAUGAUGUCAGUGUGUUCAUAAGGAUCUGUCUGUGUAUGACCACGCUACUCCUAGUCUGUUGUGUCUGUGUCUUUAAAUUGUGCUUAAAGGAAGGAGGCAGAUGCUUACUCAUAGCUGCCAGUGAUCUCCUAAUGUCCUACAUGGUCAAUGAACUGGAAUCAACUGAUAAUUCUUCUGCAUAAAGAAUAAUGAGAGGUUUUCCACGAGAUGCAUUGUUGUCAUUGUCAUUUAUUUGCUAUUGUAAAAGGCAUUAUUGGAGAUGUCCAUCUGUCAAAACAAGCAAAUGCUUUUGUACGCAGCUUCUGCACCAUUUUUGUACUGAUAUUUGUUUUUAAAAUAAACUUUUAUAU